UCUACAAGUGACAACUGUUGCCAAGGGUCCCAUUACCCGAGUAACUGGUGAUUGUUUACAUUAGUCUUGUGGGUUUUCUUGCUUUCAUUGCACGAUACUGUGGCUAACUUUAGACCAAACUGCAGGCAGACCAUGUGAUUGCCCCCCCUGUCAAUUCUGUCCUUCAGUCUCUGGGCUUACUGUUUGUCUUGGCCCUGCAGUUGGACUACAAGGUUGAGUACACUUGGCUGAAGAAGAGUAAGCUGACAAGUUUUUCAGGGAGCCCUGGUGUCUGUGUGUGAAGCUGUAGGUGCAGGCUCAGUGUGUGUCAAGAGAGCUCCGCCCACUUAAUGGAUCAAUAAUAAAUGACCCCCAGCGAUCUUUGCCAGAGGAAGGUCAUGGCAUCAAAGUGCUCAGUUGACCCCUGCAGCAAGGGUCAGGAUGUAGCAGAGACCAGGCUGGAGAAGCUGCAAGGGAAAGAAAAGGAGGAAACGGAAGUUUCCUUUGGAUACAGCCGGCUUGCAGGAUGUCUGAGGAACGAUGGACCGGGAAGAGAACAGCAGCUGUCACCUGGCCAUAUUGGUGUACAGGUAGUGACAUCAGCCAGUGCAGUGGAGCAGGUCCCACGGGAAGAGACACAGACUUGGAAAAAGAAAGAGACAUUUUCCCACUUGUCUGUCAACCAGGAGAAUCAAAGUGGAGGUCUGAGCAUAUUGGCGCAACGCCUUCGGAGGUCCAAACGAGGGGACUUGUCAGCCAGGGGCAGGGAGAGGCAGAUAGAGGAGCCCCGGGGGCCUGGGCCUUUUUACUACUUUGGAGGAACCAAUGGGGCAAAAAUAGUGAGCAAUUACUGUGAGAGCAGAGGAUGGAAAAGGAUUUACAACAAGGACAGAAAGGAUUUCAAUCUCAAGUGGUGCGAGACCAAAUCACCAGCCCAGUACUCCAACUUCAGAGAAGGCAAACAGCUGAUGUACCAGAUUCCCAAUAACAAGGUGCUCACCACUAAGAUUGGCCUCCUCAGCAGCCUGCGACAGUAUGAGCAAGUGAGCAGCAGAGUCUGCCACGUUCAAGGACUUAGGAGGCUGAAAUUAGAAGAGUUCAUACCGACUACCUUCCGCAUGGACCUGAGGGAAGACAGAGAGGCUUUUUUUGCUCAGCAGGCCGGUGCGAGCAACAAUGAGAGUCGCAUGUGGAUCUGUAAGCCUACGAGUAUGAACCAGGGAAGAGGGAUCUUCCUUUUGAAGAGCCAGGAGGACAUAGAUGCCUUCAGGCUGAAGCUGCAGCACAUGGACAACCCUCAGACCAACAGAAAAACGCAGUAUCGCCAGCCACAGGCUCACGUUGUCCAACAUUACAUCCAGAACCCGAUGCUCCUGAAAGGGAAAAAGUUUGAUGUGCGCUCUUACCUUCUCAUCGCGUGCACUGCACCGUACAUGGUCUUUUUCCGGCAUGGAUACGUGCGACUGACUUGUGACCUCUAUGACCCCAACUCCAAGAACCUCUCAACCCACCUGACCAAUCAGUACGUGCAGAAGAAGAACCCUCUGUACAGCCAACUGAAGGAGGACACUGUGUGGUCCAUGGAGAGCUUUAACACCUACGUCAACGACAGGUUUCAGGUUGCCAAGGAUCUGCCCAGGGACUGGGUGCUGGGCGCCUUUGCAAAGCGCAUGCAGCAGAUCAUGACCCAGUGCUUUUUCGCCGUCAAGUCCAAGCUCGACUGCCGCCUGGGCUUCUUUGACUUGAUCGGCUGUGACUUCUUGAUUGAUGAGGACUUCAAGGUGUGGCUGCUGGAGAUGAACUGUAAUCCAGCUCUCCAUACGAACUGCGAGGUGCUGAAGGAGGUGAUACCCAGUGUUGUUGUCGAGACGCUAGAUUUGACUCUGGAGAUCUUCAAGAAAGCUGGUUCUAGGCAGAAGAUCUUUCCUUUGGUCAGUCAGAGGGAGUUUGUGCUUCUCUAUAGCAGCAGCAACCCAAGCCCUGAACUCCAGAAAACCACCAAAGAGCCACAAAAGACUAAACCCAGGAGGUGUACGUCUGGGACGGAGGUCAAAGGUGUGCCCUCGGCAUUCCCUGAUAAUUCUGUAAAUGUUUCAGCGCUUCCAAAACGAAGGAGUAGGUCAGUCUGGUCACCGUCCCCCCAGCACUUCACAAAGUCAUCAUGAGUCAGGGGCCUCCACGUUUAUACAGCGGCAAAGAAACUGCUGCAAGAAUGCCCAGGCAUCAAGCUAAGCAAAUGUACUUUGAAUGUCCAUUUAAAGGCUCGAGAUGACCAUUGUAACCAUUGCUCUGCCUGUCUGUGACUCUCCUGGGAUACCGUGACCUGAACUCCUGUGUGUAGGAAUGAACAUGAAAAACAAUUUAAAAGGAUAAAAGGAGCUUAGUGUAGAAAAGAAAAGAGGAACCGUGAUAAAUUUUAUGCAGACAGCUGCGGUAUAAAAAGCCCCCUGUGCUUUUUAAAGCUAUUAAGAGAAAUACUCUGGAAAAUGCGUCAAUAAAGAAUGUAUUCAUCAUCAA